CUAUAAAGGGCUUUGUCAGUCGGAGCCUCAACUUGGCCCGUGAAUGUGUCGCGCGCGCAGAGCUCGUGAGCAAACAGCCAUCAGAACUGCGAAUGGAAUCAGUUGUGCCAAAAUAUUUGCAAUUAUUGAGUUACUUGAAAAUUCUUUUAUUUAUCAAUUUUUAUCGAGGUAAUAUCGGACCGACAUUUGUCACAAUUAUUCAUGAAGUACCUAAAGGCGUUUAUCGAAAUCUGAUGAUCACUGAAACGCAGUUCAUGGUACCUUAGUCCACAACUAAUAUCCAAGAUGACUACUUGGCUGCUCUAUUUUUUCGCCAUUAUUUUCGUGCUGGUAGUUUUAAUUGUAACAUCGGACAGCCAUGAUGUGGUUCGUUUUCAUGCGAGGUUCCUUUUGUACUACAUAGUCUCCUCUACAAUUUCCGUGAUGGGUAUACCUUAUCUCAUGCUCAGACCUAAGGAUGUCAGAAAUUGUCGGGAUCUGUCACUUCUGCUCAAGCAGGUUACCAAAAUCUUGGGUAUUCAGUGGGAACUUCGUGGUGCAGAUGAAUUGAGUGUAGAGCGAGGAUGCGUCGUAGUCGCCAAUCAUCAAAGCACACUCGACAUUCUUGGAAUGUUCAACAUCUGGCAAGUAAUGGGAAAAUGUGCGCCUGUGGCGAAGCAAGCGAUUUUCUAUGUCUGGCCAUUUGGUUUGGCUGCUUGGCUGGGUGGGGUCGUUUUCAUUGAUAAGCGAACGCCGGGAAAAGCUGUAGCGACACUAAAUGAGACGAGUAAAGUUGUCAACACUCGCAAGGUCAAGAUGUGGAUAUUUCCUGAAGGUACGCGAAAUAACAACAUUAUUGCGAAGGGUAUGCUGCCCUUUAAGAAGGGCGCCUUUAGAAUUGCGAUCGAGAAUCAAGUUCCAAUUCUUCCAUUAGUCUACUCGCCAUACUACUUCGUUAACCAUAGGAAUCACUACUUCGGCAAGGGUAAAAUGAUUAUUCAAACUUUAAAGCCUAUACCUACAGAAGGUCUGGGAUUGGAAGACGUCGAUGAUUUGAUGAAGAGGACGCAGAAUAUUAUGCUACAAGUUUUGAAGGCGUUAACGAAAGAAGUCCUUGCGCCAUUGCCACCGGAUUAUCCUGGACUCCAAGGAAUAGAAAUCCCUAAGACUGAAAUGAGUUGAUGAAAAAAUCGAUGCUCUUAUCUUAAUCAUGAAAUCACUCGAAGAUAAUUAAUUAACUAUAAUCAUGUAUUCUUGCGAUCCAAUACCAGUGUAGUUUAUGCUAUUUAAAACUUUAUACAAAUCAACUGGAAUUCCGAAGACUGAUCAAUUUUUAGCGAAUUAGUAGGCCAAUUAGCUGCGACGUACAGCUAUGAUUAUUCUACCAAAAUAUAAAUUGUGAAAUUUGGAAAAACACAACCAAUUCAACAAAGUGAACAAUUCAUUACUAUCAUCGACGCGUUAUCGAUAUUUUAUUUAUAAUGUGCCAGCGGUUUUCAUUGUAUUUAUAACAAG